ACCGCUUCAAGCAGGGCGCAACAUCCCGACAAGGCUGCCGAUUCAUUUAGUGAAAGGAGGUGAUUCUUGAUCAGAGUAGUGUGUUGAGCUUUGUGUCGUACGGCACAGUAUUUCCAGUGAAAGUAAAAGCAACCAACACCUACGUUGUGUCACGUGUCAGAAGAAACAUAGUGUUCCGAGUUCCGAGUUCUAUCACCUCUGUUUCCGAUACCCCUGGGUUUUUAUUAAUUAUCCAACAAACAGUGACUAGGACACAGUCAAAAUGUUCAAAAAUCACCUUGCUAUGAUUGGCAUGAACGAAACGCCCAACAAGAAGGCGAAAUUUUGGCAAUCAUACAUCAGAUCCUUGAAAGGAUCCGAUGAUAUUCGUGCACAUGACACUCCAGCCUACCGGCGACCCAUCCUGCUAUUCGACGAGCCGGAUACUGCGGUCGGCCGUAUCAACUCACCGGGAUAUCACUACUUGCCGGUCCAUCGCGAAACAUACGGCUAUUCCCCUCGACCAAUCUACGACCAUCACUAUCACCGCUCGCAUAGAGCACCAAGCGUGAGCAGACUGGCAGACGCCGAGAAGGCCUGGGCGGACCACCUGGAGCGGAUGAGGGAAAUCGAUCGCAGAUAUCCAUCGCGCUACGGACUCUAUCUGAAGGACAAACCGAGCCAGGUAGUGUUUCCGCAGGAAGUCGAGUACGAGCCGGAGACGAAGCCGCUAUACUCAACGACGAUGCACUAAAGUGGAAGCGCAGCGUACGACGCCAACUAGAUUUUCGCUUCUCACGCACAGCUAAACGAAAAAAGAAACAAACACACACAAAACCAGUUUAAAAUUAGAUUUUGUGAAUACUAAUAUACAGCGCACACCAAUUAACAAGCUUAAGUAGUGUUCUGCCUUUCGGUGCAAGGUUUUAGCCGUUUUCUGUGCCUCUGUUCUCCAAUUGAAAGUAGUUAACGCUGGGUGGUCUAAACCACAGACAACACUGAAUAAUACAAUUAGUCAGAGAAUGCUUGAUCGAAACACUAUUUACGAAACACUCACCUUAAAAUCUCCGUCGCCUACUUGGCAUGUUUCAAAUCAAAAGUAUUUUAUAAAGUUUUAUCGCACGUGCACAUAGUUUCCGAGGGAGACGGAGCAACGUGCCGGAACAAAUUACCAGUAUCAGAUGCAAAAAGGUAUUGUUUAUUUAAAAUGUUAGAAAAUGUUAAAAUUAUAUUACUGAUUGAGCCACUAAUAUGCGCCCCGCGCUGACGUUGCUGUCCGAUUUCGUUUUCGGCUAAAGGUACAGCCAAGAUACUAUGAAAC